AUGAACGAGUCGCCAGACCACUACGAUUCGGAUAACUCGCCCUACUCGAUCCGUCCGCUGCCGCCGGUGCUCCGCAAUGGCCUCGCCGCGGUGGCCGCCAUGGGGUUCAUCUCCUUCUUCACGAGCCUCGGCCUGCUCGCGUUCCUCACGUACAAGCUGAUAUCGUGGAGCAACGGGCCACCGACGCCCAAGAAGGCGGACCCCAUCGCCAAGGUCGAGUCGCCAAGGCCGACGGACACGGCGUUCGUCAUCCCGACCAACUGGGCCGCCGCCGCCGACGCCGCCGACGCCGAGGCCGAGAAGGCGGCCAAGAAGGGUUGGUUGCGGAGGGCGAUCGACGAGCCGCCCAACCAGUUCCUCGUGCUGAUCUUCAACCUGCUUCUGGCCGACAUCCAGCAGGCGUUGGCGUUCCUGCUCAACGUCGAGUGGCUGACGAGGAACGCCAUCGAGGUCGGCACGGGCACUUGCUGGACGCAGGGCUGGUUCGUAUCGACGGGCGACCUGGCCUCGUCCGUCUUCAUCACGGGCAUCGCCAUCCACACCUACAUGUCCAUCGUCUCGAACAAGAAGAUCCCGACCUGGGCCUUCCACACGGCCAUCGUCAUGAUGUGGGCCUUUGUGUACGGCACGGGCAUCCUUGGUGUCAUCGUUACGGAAAACGGGAGGAAAGAGGGAGGUCUCUACGUCAGAGCCGGUGCCUGGUGCUGGAUCAACUCCAAGUACCAGGACAUCCGCCUGACUCUCCAUUACCUGUGGAUCUUCAUCUCCCUGAUUCUCACAACCAUGAUUUAUUUGGCAGUAUUCUUCCAUUUACAGAGAGUAGCAAGAAAAAGCGGCGGUGUCGUCCCUUGCUGUGGCAACCCCGUCAUACCUGAAAUACGGCCAUCGAGCUGUGGCGGGAGCAGCUCAUCAAGCUGUAGUAGCGGAUCGUCGUUGAGGAACACAACACGGAGUCCUUGCGGCAGCCAGAAGUCCAGGAUAUGGCGUCCCAUUUGCGUGUCAACGAUAUUGAGGCACCUCCCCGGCCUACCGGACUACGCCCGCCAACACACGUUUCUCCUGUACCCCCUGGUCUACGUUGUCUGCACCACACCUCUGGCGGCCGGCCGCCUCGCAUCUAUGGCCGGCCAUGAAGUCUCGCUGGCCUACUUCUGCUUCGCAGGGGCCAUGAUCGCCUGCAACGGCUGGAUGGACGUCGCCCUCUACUCCUCGACACGGCGGUCCAUCGUCUUCUCUUCCGAAGGGCCGCCCACCCAGGACGUCGGCCUGGAAACCUUCACCUUCAUGUGCAGCACGCCCCCCAGGUUUGGCAACACGACGACCGUCGUGGGCGGGGUAGACCCCAAGGGGAAACAGAGCACUUGCAACAAGAAGUGGUGCGGCAAGCUCGCGAGGAAGGGCCCCCAGUCGGGCGGCCUCAAGGGGCUCAAGGUCGAGUGCAUCGAGAGCACCGAGAGCACGGACAGCAUGAAAGGGUUCGGCAUGGGGCAGGGGUCUGUCAUGGGCAUGGCGAUCCAGUGCGAGACCACGACGAGCGUCUCGGUCGAGGUCAACACGCUGGCGACGCCGCCGACGAGACCGGAGCUCGCCGCCGCCGGCAGGAAACUGAGCAACGCGAGCAGCUUCACCGUCGACUCUACCAAGUCGUCGAGUUUCAUUACGGAAUGA